UCGUGGGGCUUAUAAAUUAUGAGAGUUGAAUAUAUUACUGUUUAGAGGGAAAUUUACGCACACAUACAAAUGGAUAGGGAGACUUCCUCCGGUGACAUAAAGUCGGCUUUGUUGCCGGCGGCCAACGGCGGAGGGCGGAGGCUGAGCAGUGGGAGAGGGAGACUGAGUCGACGUAACUCGGUGAACUCGUUGAAGAAUGAGUUCGUAUCUAGACUUCCAGAUAAAGUACGGUCCGGCGUUGAUCUCGAGUCUUCUUCUCUCUUUGACCUCUCCGCUACUUCUUCCUUAACUCAAGGUGAAAAGGAUUACUACGAAAGGCAAUUCGCAACAUUAAAAUCAUUUGAGAAAGUUGAUUUGGUGGUGGAGUCUGACAAUAUUGAAGAGGAAGAUCUAGCAGAACAACAUCAACAAGAAAGAGCAAUGAGGAUUUCUAAUUAUGCAAACAUUUUGUUGCUGGCACUUAAGAUAUAUGCAACAAUAAAGAGUGGAUCCAUAGCAAUUGCAGCUUCAACCCUAGAUUCUUUACUAGAUCUAAUGGCUGGUGGUAUACUUUGGUUCACACAUCUGUCAAUGAAAAACAUAAACAUAUAUAGAUAUCCUAUUGGGAAAUUGAGGGUGCAGCCGGUAGGAAUUAUUAUCUUUGCUGCAAUCAUGGCGACACUUGGCUUUCAGGUUCUGAUCCAAGCCAUACAAGAACUGAUAAAGGACGAUCCUCCUCAGAGGAUGAACUCUGAUCAAUUACUAUGGUUGUAUACAAUAAUGUUAACCGCGACCGUUGUAAAACUUGCCCUGUGGCUUUACUGCAAAAGCUCAGGAAAUGACAUAGUACGUGCCUACGCCAAGGAUCACUACUUCGAUGUGAUAACAAAUGUAGUAGGAUUAGUUGCAGCUGUUCUUGGUGACAAAUUUUACUGGUGGAUCGACCCAGUUGGUGCUAUUAUCCUCGCUAUAUACACAAUCACAAACUGGUCAGGAACUGUUUUGGAAAAUGCAGCGUCAUUAGUGGGACAAUCAGCGCCUCCAGAGGUUUUGCAGAAACUAACGUAUCUGGUCAUAAGACACCCACAAGUCAAGCGUAUUGACACAGUUCGUGCAUACACUUUUGGAGUUCUAUAUUUUGUAGAGGUUGAUAUUGAGCUUCCAGAAGAUCUGCCACUGAAAGAAGCUCAUUAUAUAGGAGAGAGCCUACAAAUAAAAAUUGAGAAACUAGCUGAAGUUGAACGUGCCUUUGUUCACCUUGAUUUUGAAUGUGAACACAAACCAGAGCACUCUGUUCUCAGUAGGCUGCCCAACAGUGAGCCGUAACAUGAUUACAGCAUGAUCCACAGCUUGAGAAAAGAGUAUCAUCACUCAGUAAUAUUGUUCUUCCUCUUUUAAUGCAUCAAAAAUGAAAAAGAUCAUAGUGAGAGCCUGAUUUGAAGUCAUCAUGAUGAUCAACAUCUGUAUGGAGAUGUGAACUUGGGUACUGGGCAGUAAUUGUAUAGGGUUAAGUAUCAAAUCGGUCACUGAAGUGAAGACCAUAUAUCACUUCUUUUAUUGAUCUUUUAGAAGUAUCAUUUUGAUCACUAAA